AUGCGGUUCCUAAGCUUUGCCCUCGCGAUCGAUGGCCUUGCAUCUGCCUACAGUGUUGCCGCCAGUUGCAAGACGUUUCCUGGUGACAAAAACUGGCCUGCGCAGCCUGACUGGACUGCUUUUAACAAAACCGUGGGUGGACGACUCGUUGCUACUGUGCCCCUUGGAGCACCAUGUCACGGAUCGGCUUUCGACAGCGCAAAGUGCGAGAGUUUGAAGAGCCAAUGGCAGACGGAGAAGAUUCAUUAUGAAUCUUCCUCUUCAGUCAUGGCGCCCUUCUUCGCAAACCAGAGCUGCGAUCCGUUUCAGCCCCGUGACCGCCCGUGUGAGUUGGGCAACUAUGUUCGGUAUGCUGUAAAUGCCUCGGGUCCUCUGGACAUCCAGCGUGCAGUAGACUAUGCCACUCAGAGGAACAUUCGUCUAGUCAUCCGUAACACUGGUCAUGACUACCUUGGCCGUUCUACCGGCGCAGGGGCUUUGGCAGUGUGGACCCAUUACCUCAAGAGCAUCACUUAUGUCCCCACGUACCAGAGCGCCGAGUACACUGGUCCGGCCUUCAAGAUUGGUGCUGGUGUCCAGGGAUUCGAAUUGAUGGCUGCUGCCCGAGACCGUGGACUAGUCACUGUUGGAGGUGAAUGUCCCACUGUUGGUGUCGCAGGUGGCUACACCCAAGGUGGAGGCCACUCAGCCGUGAGCACCAGCUUUGGUCUUGCCGUCGACAAUGCUCUCGAAUUUCAAGUUGUAACUGCUGGCGCUAAGCUUGUCAAUGCCAGUCCACGCGAGAACCCAGACCUGUACUGGGCGCUCAAGGGCGGCGGUGGCAGCACCUACGGUAUCGUCGUCUCCAUGGCCGUAAAAGCCUACAAGGAAGCUGUCUUCGGUGGCGCCUCGCUCUCCUUCUUCGCCAAAGACAUGAGCAAAGAUACCUUCUACAGCGGCAUCCAAGCCUUCCACGAGGAGCUCCCCGGCAUGGUCGACGCCGGCGCAAUGGUAGUCCACUACUUCACCACUGGCUUCUUCUCCAUCGCGCCACUCAGCGCCUACAACAAGACCGAAGCUCAGGUCAAGACCAUCAUGGCUCCCUUUGUCGCAAAGCUUACCUCCCUAAACGUCACCCACACUGUCUCCUACUCCGCCUUCAACACCUACUACGAGCACUACGACAAGUACUUUGGACCCCUUCCCCUCGGCAACAUUCAAGUCGGCAUCGCUCAAUACGGUACACGUCUCAUCCCCCGCGCUGUCGUCGCCAGCAUCGCUCCCACAUGGCAAGCCAUCAUCGAAAAGGGCGUAACGUGGAUCGGUGUGGGUACGAACGUCGCAUCUUUUGGCUCCGACAAGACCACUUCCGUUCACCCCGCAUGGCGCAAGGCCAUCGUACAUGCUACACUUACCCUUCCGUGGAACUUCACCGCGCCGUGGUCUGAAGCCUUUGAUAUCCAGAACAAGAUGACCAACGAAGUCAUCCCGCUGGUUGAGAAGGCGACGCCCGGCAGUGGUUCGUAUGUCAAUGAGGCGGAUUUCCGUCAGCCCAACUUCCAGGACACGUUCUGGGGAACAAACUAUCAGAAGCUGUUGGGCAUCAAGAAGAAGUGGGAUCCCCAGGGCCUCUUUUAUGCCACCGUGGGUGUCGGCAGCGAGGCGUGGUCCGUUGGGACCGAUGGGCGCAUGUGUCGUGCGUGA